AUGGUAGUGGAGUACUUGUCCGGGUGGUCGCUGUCGUCAUGGAUCAGCCCCGGCGCGGCGUUGUUCCUCUUCGUCAACGUGCUCAUCGGCGCCAUCGUGGUCACGUCCCGCGGGCACCACCAAGGUGACCGCGCGGCGGCGGCGUCCACGCGGAGGCUCUGCCGGAGCGCGUCGUCCAUGGUCCUCGACCGGCUCCGCUCCUUCUCCAUGUUCUCCGUCCACCCCGCCGUCCCCGUGGAAGAGUACUACAGCACGUCGUCCCCCGAACUGGAACUGGAAGCAGAGGAGCUGGAGCAGCAGCACCAACCAGCCGUUGCGGAACCAGCGAGGUCACCUGUUGCGGAACCAGGCAAGGAAGAGGCGGCGGAAGGGGGACAAGACAUGUCCACCAGCUCGGACGACGAGGCCGCUCACGAUCUGGCGUUGCAGGGUCACGGGCAGCAAUCGCCGUCAGGAGAUGUUGUCACGGCCGACGAGGCAACUGCGCCGGCCGGGGAGAGAAAGGGGAAGAAGGUGGCGGAGCAGGAGGAAGCAACCAUGCAGCGGGCACCUGCGUGCAGGCGGGAAACGGAGGAAGCACUGGAGGGGAAGGCGGCGCUGAACGCGCGGGCAGAGUCGUUCAUCCGGAGGUUCCGGGAGGAUCUCAAGCUGGAGCGCCUCAACUCCAUCAUCAACUACACCCGCACACUCCGCCGCGGCGCUGGCGCACCAUCGCCCACCGGGCAGUAG